ACAUUACAAUUCAGGAAACGAAAUUUUCGAAACAGCUGUGUGUACGUCUCUGCUGUUCUAAGUGUGGAAAAUAUUUUUGUAAUAAUAUCGCUCAUAGAAAUUAACAUAAAAAUUAAACGCUCAAGACUUUGUGUGUUUUAUCGGUGCGACGAAAAGAUUUGAAGUAGUUAUUCAAAUCAGACUAUGACUCACUUAUUAAGCGUGAUUCGCGUUUGCUCUCAAGGCUACACUUAUAAAGAAGCAUUUUAGUUCGUAUAAUGGUGAUUACUCAAGCAUAAUGGUCGAGGAUAAUGAUCGCACGUACGGAAGGACUGCCAACAAGAACACCUUAUUGAAAAUCGUCAUUUUGGGCGAUGGAGGAGUGGGCAAAUCCUGUUUAAUGAGUAGGUUCAUAUCAAACCAUUUCGACGAUCACAGCUUCCAUACAAUUGGAGUAGAGUUCAUGAAUAAAACCAUUGAAGUAAAUGGCAAAGAAUAUACACUACAGGUAUGGGACACAGCAGGCCAGGAACGUUUCAAGUCUCUCCGGACCCCAUUUUACCGAGGUUCAGAUAUUUGUAUCCUGGCAUAUGCGAUAGAUGACCGUAGUUCAUUCAACAACAUCAAGAUGUGGCUCAAUGAGUUCCUGCACUAUGCUGGAGUUAAAAACGGCAUAGAGAAGUUUCCCUUCAUUGUUGUUGGUAAUAAGUCCGACGUGCCGUCGAAAGACCGAGAGGUGCCACACGAGUCCUUGAAGCGUUGGUGUGAGGAGAACAAAAUCGCAACUUAUUUAGAAACAUCGGCUAAGAAUGCCAACAACGUGGUUGAAGCGUUCUCGAUGGCUGUCCAAAGGUGGGUGGACUUAGACCAAAAAGCAGAGCGAGAGCUAGGCGCAAUGCAGCAUCCAGACACUGUGACCCUUCACGGGUCCAGCACCGCGUCGGCGAUCCGAGCGACUUGCUGCUCUAGGUUCACGGACGCAUGAUCCAUUAUUGUGUGACGUUUGUGGACUAUUUAGAACUCUUACUGUGAGGUGCUUGGUGCGGAUUUUUUUUUUCAAGAGAUAACUUAAUUUUCUGUUACUUUCGCUAAGAGCGUCGGUGGUUUAGGAGAUCAACUAAAAAGCAUGGUGCACAUGUUCAAAUCCUGCCAAGACCAAAAACACUUUUCUAAGUAUAACUGAGGCUCUUACGGCGAGGGAAAACAUCGUGAGGAAAUUUGCACAUUCAGGCAACUGGGGGCCAGGAUGAUGGAGUCCACAUGCUGUGCAUUAUCCACGAGGGGGAAUAUGGUAGCGGAGAAGGAAUCCCAAUAUCGCCCGUAUAGGGUCAGUUUACUUUGAUGAAAUGGGGGGCGUGUUGCACCCAAAUUCAAUAAUAAUCGGUAUCCUAGCGAGAGUUACAAAAAUAAAGCUAUCCCUUAUUCGAUUGAUUUUAUGAUAUCAUUCAUCAUGCCGUGUAUAUUUACGUGGUAUUAUUCUUUACACCAGCCCUCGUAGCAUGGCAAGGCGUGACGCCGUUUUUGUUGCGCGAAAAACUGACGCUGUCGCGUAUUGCGUCAUAAUUAAAAGCGAAACACAGAUAGUUUUUCGCGCGAUAAAAACGGCGUCACUCAUUCCAUGCUACGGGUGCAGAUCUGUCAAAUUUUACGUUUUCGCUUGUCCGCCAAUUAAAAUUAGGAUUUGACAAAUGUGAAAUGUCAAACUUGACAGGAGAUUAGCUGAAGUGAUGAAAGAGUAGGAACAUAAGUCUUAUGCUUUCGUAUGUAAAUAAGGGAACUGAUUGCCUUAGACCUGCAUCUUUCGUAAACCAGGUGUUUUGUUUUUUUAAGAUAAGAAAUAUCGAUGACACAUUCCACGUUCAGUUUAUUAAAUAUUUAACAUGGCCUUAUUAACUCAAGAUUUAGGUUACUAUUUAUGUAUUGUAUAAAGGUGUUUUUAUAUAUAAGCCAAUUUGUUACACCCGUGAAAUUUAUAUGAUUUAGGUAGAUUUCUCGAUUAUAAUCGUCUUGUAAAUAAUGAAUCCCAAUAAUAAACAAUGUAAUGCAAAUGCCCCAGAUAUUUUAAUAAUAAUGUAAUAAACUACUUAAAUUGUUAAUUUAAUAUCAUAUUAUUUUUCAUACUCAAUAUCUUCAUUUGAAUCUCGUAUUCACUGUAUCGUUGAUUAAUAAAAUAACUUAAAAUUGGUUGUGAAAUAAUUACUUAACUUGGUUGCAGUUUUAUUAUGGACUUUAAAGAUGAACUAGAAAAUAAUUAGUAAUCCUAUGAUAUUCUUUAGUUUUGGUUCUUAACACGUUUGACCAUAAAAAAUAUGCAACAAUCUGCUUUACGUGACAUAUUCCGUGUUAUGAAAUGCGCGUACGAUACAGUUUUAUUAUCUCAUAGAUAUUGUAUAUAGAUGACACAAAUUUUAUUAUGAUAGUUAUGACACAUUGUUGCUGCUUGGUUGCUCCUUCGAAGUCUUCUUUUAUAUAAUUAAUGAUCCCAAAUUAAAAGUUUUGUGCCACUUUAGGCUUUAGAUACCAAAGACAUUCCAUCCUAUUCAUAUUUUUUAGGACAAAAUUUAUAAAAUUGUUUAAUUUUUUGCAUAGCUAUGGUUUUCCAUUCCAUUUCAUUAGUAAAAUAUUAAACGAAACAACGAUUUUGCCAUAAAGCUUAUACUGUCUUGAGUUAUGCACUUAGAUACCUAGCAUUAUAAUAAAUGAUAGUACUUUCAUAAAGGUGACAUAAAACGUCAAAGGAAAAUCUUUAUUUUACAAUUAAGAAUCUUUGUUUUUUCACUCAAAAAUACUACUGUCCAGUACGAUAAAUAUGUAACCAAACUUGGAAUUUCGUGUUUACAAAAUCCCCUAAUGCGCCCCUGGCGGACCAAAGUGAACUUGUAAAUUCCAUAAUUAUAUAAAACUUGUUCAUUUAUGUAUCCGUAGUACCUAUAAUGAAAUCUGUAAAAACACGAAGUAUAUACAUUUAGCACGUCUUUAUUCCCAGGGUAGACAGAGCCAAUAAUCUCUAACAUACUCAAAGGCCACGUUCAACUGGAUGGUACAAUGCUGAAAUUGUAAACGUAUUUUAUUUAUUUAAGACAUUAAGGUACUUAUUAAAUAGACUAGUUUAUAUAUACAUUUUUCUCACGAAGUGCCUAGCUUUGUAAUUAAUAUUGCAACACAAAAUAUUGUAUUUAUGCCAGCACAAAAAACAGUGUACAUGUUCUUAAUUUAUUUUCUUAUAUAAAAAGUAAAAUGUUUUUAUAUUAUAUUUUUCAUGUCCUGUUAUAUAGUAGAAAAUACUUUUUUUUUAAGCUACCAACCUAUCUAAUUUGUCUUAAAAUACCAUUGAUAACUUUCUGCUAUGAAAAUAAAACAGAUCAGAUAUAGGUCAAAUAUUAUCUUAUGAUCUAAAGUAAAUGGUUAUGGCAAAAGUAAAAAUAUUUUUCUUUACACUGCAAAGAGAAGCUACUUCGGUUAUAUAAUUUAGGUUUUUAUUAAAAUUAAAAAAAAGUGUGGCUUGUUUUCAGUUGAUAUACCUAUUAAAAUAAUAAAUUUGUCUGUAUACAUCUGUCACACUUUGAACUGCCGUAUUUCGAAUAUUACAAACUGUAUUGAUGUUUAUAGAUAUGCAAGCUACCUCAUACGUGUUACUUUUAGACGGGAAUUCGAACGACAUAGUUUUGGUGUAGUAAUAUUUGUUAAAUGUGUUUUUUUUUAAACUAAAUCUGUGUUAUGUAACAUAAUGGGAUAUAAAGUAUAUCGGAUAGGUUAGGUAUAUAAUAUAUGCAUUAUCCGUUUUCAUAUCUAUGCUUCGUAUUUUAAAAAAAAUUGUCGCUAUUAAUUCUCAUAUUCUACUCCCCUAUGCAUUUAUGAUUUUAAACUUCAUUUCGUACAGGCUACACGGCAAAAUCAUUCACUUCGUUUAAAUUUGCAAUCAAUUAUUGACCUUUUAAAUAUUAUGUAGGUACGUAUACCAAGAACUUAUAUUUUUAUCGUCUAGACACGUGACCCAUUAAUCUUUCUAUUGAUUUCGAGCUUUUCCUAAACGACUUGUUAAUUAAAUAAGGGAACAAAACUAAAUAAAUGCACUGUGUGCGAUCUUCCGACUGUAGUAGUAGAUAUAUUGUUGGGAAACUUGUAGGACUGUGAUUGUAUAUUUUGCGCUUUAAAUGUAUAAAAUUAGGGUUUAUAAAAGUAUUUAUUGCUACAUUAGAGACCAGAGGCGCUAAGAGUGUUUUUUCAUGGCCCUUUUAAAUAAGAUUUUAGACUGGGAAGACAUAAAAUUAUUUAUUAGAUGAAAUAUAUGCGCAGUUCUACACACUCGAAAUACUUUUCAGAAGCAGCGGUUUGACUUUUUAUCUUCGUCUACCCAGGUAAUCGUAUAAUUUAUAACGCAUUUGUUGUAGGUUUAUCGUCAUAUGAAACUAUACAUGUACCUAUAUUUUAGUCUGAAGUGCUUAAUACUUUUUUACAAUAUGCAAAAUAAAGGGUCUGUUAAAUGCACGAUGUUGUU